AUGGAUUUAGAGCAGGAGGAAACCAUCGCGACCGACGACGACAGUGGUGAAGCAGACCAGGGUUUUUACCUCAGCAGAGUUAAAGCUCUUGUUAACGAAGAAGAAAGUUCUUCAGAAAGGGAACCCAGAGAAGGUAAUCCAGUUGAUGCACCUAGUCUGGAAAAGUCCCUGCCUUCUAAAAGGAAGGAUAAUCUAGACACUAAAGAGUACAAUAAGGCAUUCAAUACACCUUUGACUACACAUGAUAAACCAACAUUACUGGCUAAACCUUACAUUAGUUCAGGCAAGUGCUCAAACCUGACCACACAAAUUAAGAUCAGUGCAGUGUAUACAGGUUGGACUCCACUCCAUGAGGCAGUGCAGAGAAACAAGUAUGACAUGACAGAAAUUUUACUCGAAGCUGGAGCCGAAGUCAACUGCAGAGGACAUAAUGGAAUUACACCUUUACAUGAUGCCAUAUAUUGUCAGUAUUACAAGAUUGUAGAACUACUUCUGAAGUAUGGUGCUGAUCCAUUAUCAAAGUGUGACAGAGGAAAGACUCCUAUGGGCUUGACCACAGACAGAUCUAUGUACAUACUGGUGGAGAAAUAUCUGCAGAAGUCUAAAAGUGAUCCAGCUGAAAAUCCACCCAGCAUCACUGAUUCUGCAGUUAAUCCAAGUUUGAACCAAAGAAACAACCAGAACUCCAUCAAAGACACAAGAGCUCCUCUUCAGAAAUCAACAGGAACUGCUGAUACAAGUGAGCAUGAAAGCAGCCUGCAGUCUGGUGAAGCUGAACCCAUUCCUGGUCCAAGCAGAGGACAACCAAGCUUGGAACCAUCACCUCAGACUAGCAUCAAUGUACUGUGGCCUUUGAGGGACCAAGAGCAGGACUUGUGUAGCCAGAGUCCCUCACUGGUUCAAGAUCAGGAGAGCGAGGGAUCAGACACCUCAAGCUGCCUAGACAGUGAUGUUACAGUGGAUUAUAUUGAAGAUUAUUCAUCAUCACCAGAACAUUGGACUCUAUGUGCCACUCAAGAUUUCUCUGGUUCCUAG